AUGGGGCUCCGUGGAGCUCGGGCUCCUAAAAAACUUGAAUUCCGUUACUUUGCUGUUACAGACCAGGGACGCGGCGCUGAGGGAGGUCACCAGCCCAUACAAAUGGAGAACCCCUAUAAAGAGCCUCCUAAAAAAUGUGUCUUGUGUGGAAUAAAGGUGGACUACAAGAAUGUGCAGCUUCUUUCCCAGUUUGUUUCUCCGCAUACUGGCUGCAUUUAUGGCAGGCAUAUAACAGGCUUGUGCAACAAGAAGCAGAAGGAGAUUACAAAAGCCAUUAAAAGAGCUCACGUACUUGGAUUUAUGCCAGUUAUGUUUAAGAACCCAUCAUUUCUCACAGAUCCCAAGAUAUGUAAUGUCAAGUAUCCGGAGUAA